UCGUCACCACGGAGUCCUGGGAUUUACAUAGUAUGGACCUCAAUAUGGAUAUAUUACCGAGCGGGAAUAUUUUCAGCGAAUUGGAACGCAUCUGUACAACCGGUUAUUUUUCAUCACAGCCAUCUAUUGAGGAUCAAUGGCAACAGACUUGCUAUGAAUUGGAACGUUAUCUGCGUGACGAACCCAAGCUGCAGUCCUACAAGAAACUACACAGCGAGAUUGAUUCAUGGGAAAUAUUCUCCUCUCCAGCUCGCAUUCUGGAGGAGCUCAAGAUAAAGGAACAGCAUUUGGACUCCAUCUCAACCACUUCCUCCGUGUCAUCGCAUUGUUCCGGCAUUUCAUGGGACAGUGCAGGUUCACAAUCGUUGAGUUGUUCGGUGGUGGUUAAGAAGGAACGCAUCGAUGAUGACGACGAAGAUGAGGCUUUAAAUUCCGACAAUGGCGAAGAUAAAAUUAUGUUGGGCCAGUUACCGCCAUCCAGUGAAUUGACACAAUCUGCGUUGCAAGCUCUGAGCACGAAGCAAAUGUUGAGUAGUUCGAGCUCGACGAUCACCACCACUACCACCGCUGUUACACAACAAUGCCCGCUAACGGAAAAGGCCAUAAAACUGCGUGUUUUGGCCACCAAGCACGGCGGCCACCUAAGUCCUCAAAGUGCCAGCCAUACCAAUAACCACGACUACGCUCUGCCCACCCUGACACCUCCCUCAUCGCCGGAAUCCAUACGCACGAAUAUCUCAUCUACCAGCUGCCAAACUGCCCAAAUUGACGCAAGUGAGCUAGCUGCUCUCAUACAACAACAACAGAAGCAACAACGUCAGCAACAACAGCAAUCAUCGCAACAACAAUCCCAUGUGCCACCUGCAACUGCCAUCUUACGUUUCCCUUCGAAUCCCACUGCAUGCACUACAGUUCCUUUGCUACAACAGCAGCCGCAACAGCAGUCCCAUAACGUACAACAACAGCAGCAGAACAAGAAGCAACAACCUCAUUCGAACCCCAGCUCCACGCCGUCGCAAUCAACUGCAUCUGCCGGUCACCAUCAUUUGACAAUUCAAGCCACGAGUAGCGCUGCCAAUGCGGACUCUCAGGGAGUUAGUACACAGCUGACGGCAAUACACAGCAGCAAUAGCAGCAACACGGCCACCCCGAACACAAGCAACAUUCCACGCAGCACGAUUGUACGCCUGACAACGAGUAACGGACAAAAGAGCGGUGGUAUCAGUUUGGCGCGGGUCAUACAGAUGCAAAGCGGCAACAGCGGGACUUUAUCAGCAGCCGCUGCGGCCCUCCUAAAUUCAGCGCAAGCGGCGGCGGCCGCUGCUGCAGCAGCAUCCAACGGCAAUGUCUCGGCUGUGGGGAAUAUCAAUGGCUUGACAGCAGCGCAGAUUACCCAAAGGGGCACCCAACUGCAGAAUCCUCAAGUGACAACAUUGACCACAAAACCUCAUCAACGUCAACAACAGCAACAUCACCUCCAACAACAACAACAACAACAGCAGCAACAACAACAAACAGCCUCACAUCAGCAGCAACCGCAACAGCAUCAUCAACAGGAACAACAACAACAGCAACAAAUCCUCUUACAACAUGAACACAGUCCUGACGCCAAACGCCGGAUACACAAGUGCCAGUUUUUGGGUUGCAAGAAAGUCUAUACAAAAAGUUCACACUUAAAGGCGCACCAAAGGACCCAUACCGGCGAAAAACCAUACAAGUGUUCGUGGGAAGGCUGUGAAUGGCGAUUUGCCCGCAGUGAUGAAUUGACCCGCCACUAUCGUAAACACACUGGAGCUAAACCAUUUAAGUGCCGUAAUUGUGAUCGCUGCUUUUCACGUUCCGACCAUUUGGCAUUGCACAUGAAACGUCAUAUGUAGACAGUGCUGACAGACAGUCGCAU